AUGUUCUUCCCCAAGAUCCUCAUCGGCGGCGUUUUUGCCAUGCUCCAGAUGCAGCCUGCCGCCGCAAUUCCUAUCAAUGCCACCGCGAUCGCUCCUAUCAACGCCACGAUGCCAGCCAGCAUGACCCUCGCGCGUCGGAUCAUCGAUGUCGACACGGUCGACUGCCAUGACGAGUGGUAUGAGGAGCCGGCAGUCCGCACCAAGAUUGCCAUCACAAAGUUCAUCCGAGAGGGCAUGGAGUACCUCAGACACGUCGCUGGCGUCCCCAAGCUUGGUCCUGGUUCCAACAAUUGCGAGCGGGUCAGCUGCUCAAACUGGUCAGCCAUUGCCUGGUGCAACCACGACCCCGACAACUCAAACGAGCUCCCUUCGUAUGAAACGAUUGCCGAGGCCGCUGAGAUCAUCCUUGCGUGGUGCAAGGCGAGCAAGAAAGAAUUGCAUAUCAAGGGCCAGGUCUAUUCGAAGCAGAAGUGGAGUGUCGUUAUUGAGGGAGAUCUGUGCUGA